AUGCCGGCCUUGGCGAAGGCGAUGGUUUCAGGUUCCUGCGGUUUCUGCUCCAAUAUCCCCAAAGGCGGAGACUACGCAUACGAAGUUUUCAACAAAGUGCCAACAGUCGGAGGGAUUUUCGGCAACCUCUCCAAUCUCACGAAAAAAUUAGCACCCAUCCAAAACGCAAUUAGCGGAUUCGGUGCCAUCAGCUCGCUCAUCGGAGGCCAGGGAAAGGGUCCGAUCGACAUCAGCAAGUUCAUCAACAACAUCCCGUCGCAGAGUCUGAUUGCAGAGACUGGGCAAAAAUUCACUGAUCCCGAUUUCCCUCCCGAUAAGUCCUCCCUGGGAACUAUCGAAGACCUCAGCAUUCGUGCUACUUGGAAAAGGAUACCCGAUAUCAUUAAGAAUGCAGAAUUCGUCAGUGAUCGUAUCGAGCCAGGAGAUGUCAUCCAGGGCAGCAUCGGUGAUUGCUACUUCCUCAGCGCCAUCUCAGCCAUCGCGGAAAACGACUUCAGGAUUAAAAAUAUCUUCCCCAAUCUGGAAAUCAACAAGUAUGGAAUCUAUAUGGCCAGAGUAUUGCACAAGGGGGUAUUGACGGAAGUGGUAGUGGAUGAUUAUGUGCCUGUGAACGAAGAGGGAGAGCCUCUCUUUGCCAAGGCCGCAGGAGGAAGGGAAAUUUGGGUGAUGCUUCUUGAGAAAUGUUGGGCAAAACUAAAUGGAUCAUAUGGUGAUAUUGUAGGAGGGCUUCCUAACGAGGUCCUUCAUGCUUUCACUGGAGCGCCCACUGAGUACCGGGACGUUCCUCGCCAAGCUGAAAAGCAGAAUGAGCUUUGGCUUUAG